AUGGCGGCGUCUAAUUUGCUAAAGAACAAAGGUUCGCUUCAGUUUGAGGACAAAUGGGACCUGAUGCGUCCCAUAGUCUUGAAGCUUCUGCGCCAGGAGUCCGUCACCAAGCAACAGUGGUUUGACCUUUUCUCAGACGUCCAUGCAGUUUGCCUGUGGGAUGACAAAGGUCCAGCUAAGAUCCACCAGGCCCUGAAAGAGGACAUCCUAGAUUUCAUCAAACAAGCACAAGCACGGGUGCUGAGUCAUCAGGAUGACACGGCGCUGCUCAAGGCCUACAUCGUGGAGUGGAGGAAGUUCUUCACACAGUGCGACAUCUUGCCGAAGCCUUUCUGCCAGCUGGAGAUCACCCUGAUGGGCAAGCAAGGCAGCAACAAGAAGUCUAACGUGGAGGACAGCAUCGUCCGCAAGCUGAUGUUGGACACGUGGAACGAGUCCAUUUUUUCCAACAUCAAGAACAGGCUACAGGACAGCGCCAUGAAGCUGGUCCACGCCGAGAGGCUGGGGGAGGCCUUCGACUCCCAGCUGGUCAUAGGAGUACGAGAGUCCUACGUGAACCUGUGCUCCAACCCUGACGACAAGCUGCAGAUAUACAGGGACAACUUUGAGAAGGCCUACAUGGAUUCCACGGAGAGGUUCUACAGAACACAAGCACCAGCCUACCUCCAGCAGAACGGAGUCCAAAACUACAUGAAAUAUGCUGAUGCUAAGCUGAGGGAAGAGGAGAAACGUGCACUGCGCUACCUGGAGACGAGACGUGACUGUAACUCUGUACAAGCACUAAUGGAGUGUUGCGUGAACGCGCUGGUGACGUCGUUCAAGGAGACCAUCUUGGCCGAGUGUCCUGGCAUGAUCAAACGAAAUGAGACAGAGAGUGAGUACGGCAGGACCGCUCCCGCCAAAGGCUCAGCCAGCUCAGAGUUGCAUCUGAUGUUCUCUCUGAUGGACAAGGUGCCCAGUGGCAUCGAGCCGAUGCUGAAGGACCUGGAGGAGCACAUCAUGAGCGCUGGGCUGGCUGACAUGGUGGCCUCAGCAGAGACUAUUACCUCUGACUCAGAGAAAUAUGUGGAGCAGCUGCUCACCUUGUUUAACCGCUUCAGUCGACUGGUGAAAGAGGCCUUUCAGGACGACCCACGUUUCCUGACAGCUCGAGACAAAGCAUAUAAAGCGGUUGUGAAUGAUGCCACUAUAUUUAAAUUAGAACUUCCUAUGAAGCAGAAAGGGGUGGGUUUGAAAACUCAGCCAGAGUCCAAAUGUCCAGAGCUGCUGGCCAACUACUGUGACAUGCUCUUAAGGAAGACGCCGCUGAGCAAGAAGCUCACCUCUGAAGAGAUAGAGGCCAAGCUCAAGGAAGUGCUACUAGUGCUGAAGUAUGUCCAGAACAAAGACGUGUUCAUGCGGUACCACAAAGCCCACCUGACCCGCCGCCUCAUCCUGGACAUCUCAGCCGACAGUGAGAUAGAGGAGAACAUGGUGGAGUGGCUCAGGGAGGUAGGAAUGCCAGCUGACUAUGUCAACAAGCUGGCCAGGAUGUUCCAAGACAUCAAGGUGUCGGAGGACCUCAACCAGUCCUUUAAAGAAAUGCACAAACACAAUAAGCUUGCGUUACCAGCGGACUCGGUCAACAUAAAGAUCCUGAAUGCCGGUGCGUGGUCGAGAAGCAGCGAGAAGGUAUUUGUAUCUCUACCAACAGAGCUGGAGGAUCUGAUCCCAGAGGUAGAAGACUUCUACAAGAAGAACCACAGUGGCAGAAAGCUUCACUGGCAUCACCUCAUGUCCAAUGGCAUUAUCACCUUCAAGAAUGAGGUUGGCCAGUAUGACCUGGAGGUGACCACCUUCCAGCUGGCGGUGCUGUUCGCCUGGAACCAGAGGCCCAGAGAGAGGAUCAGCUUUGAAAACCUCAAACUGGCCACCGAGCUGCCGGACGCCGAACUGCGGCGCACCCUCUGGUCUUUGGUGGCGUUCCCCAAACUGAAGCGGCAGGUGUUAUCGUACGACCCGGUGGUGGCUUCACCCAAAGACUUUGCAGAAGGAACGCUGUUCUACGUCAACCAGGAGUUUUCCCUCAUUAAAAACUCAAAGGUCCAGAAAAGGGGGAAGAUCAACCUGAUUGGUCGGCUACAGCUCACCACAGAGCGAAUGAGAGAGGAGGAGAACGAGGGCAUCGUCCAGCUCAGGAUACUAAGAACACAGGAGGCCAUAAUCCAGAUCAUGAAGAUGAGGAAGCGAAUCAACAACGCCCAGCUGCAGACGGAGCUGGUGGAGAUCCUCAAGAACAUGUUUUUGCCACAGAAGAAGAUGAUCAAGGAGCAGAUGGAGUGGCUGAUAGAGCACAAGUACAUUAAACGAGACGAGACCGACAUAAACACCUUCAUCUACAUGGCGUAGCGUGGCACCCUCCGAUAACUUGUGCUGACUUUGGCUUCGGUGGUUUCAGGCCUGAUGGACACUAGAAUAUUUCCAGGCUCCUGUCCUCAGUAUAAAAAAGUCUGGUGCAGGGAGACAUGAAUUUAAUACUGAGACUUAUUUAAAAAAAAAAAAUAAAAGUGGAACUUCCUGCCUUAAAAUUGUAAAAAGAAAAAAAGAGAAAGCAUUGGUGCAGCCGGCAGGAGUGUGCACCAAGUGUUUUAUAAUUGUUUUGAGCCAGAGGGAAUUUCCUUGGCUCACGUUGACGCCGUGGUGUCUCCCACCGUCACAGCCGGCCGCCUCGGCAGCUCCCACAACACUCCUGCCGAAUGCUUGUGCAAGUCUAAAGGCAUGCUGAGAGGAAAACCCGAGGAGCCCCGGCUCUCCAGACACCCCGCAGCCGAGUUUUGAAUCCACGUCAAAAGCAGACCGUGUGAACCUUGACCCCCAGAUGCGUGUCUCUCCACUCGGAGACACAGCUAGUUGCCCGUUUUUGUCGAAGCAGCGAUGGUCAUGACUUGUCUGCGCUCUCAGCUCCAGCGAUCAAACACUUCAUUUGGACAUUCAGUAUGUCAAGAGCCAGAAAAAAAGCACUUCAGUUUCCAGAAAGGAAAUGGACACGGAGUGGAGCCAAUUCCCAAACGUCCUCAAGCCCUCGACCCCUUGGUAACAAGUAGAAUAUGGGACAAAUUAGCAUAUUGCUAUAAUGCAAAAUAUGAAAUCCAUUUUGAUCUACCAAAUGUGCCCAAGGCGAGAGGUGGAAGUGGAAUUGAACCAGCAGCUCACUCAUGUCAACAGCACCCGUCUUCUCCUCAGGUAGCGUGGGAGAAGAGGGGGAGGUCAGUAUUACACAUUAACUAUUACAAUCUUAAGCUAUAGGAGUGUACAAUGGGAUGUGAAUAAUGAAAUGAUUAAAUAAACAGCACCUUAUUAUAAAACA